UUGCGGUAGCGGCUGUAAGCACGCGCGACACAGUGUAACAGUCGGUCGGUCGGUUCGGUUAAAAAGAAGAAGCUUCGACGGCAGAGGCCGUUCCGUACGUCGUCGUUGCUCGCAAUGCCUUGGCGUCUAGCUAGCAGACAGACGGACGCCGCCGCCCCCACGCGGUGGGGCUCGUCGGAGGGCGGUGACCCGGCGGCGGACGGCGGCGGCGGCGGCGGCGUGGAGGCGCGGAGCGUGCGGUGCGAGUGCUGCGGGAUGGCGGAGGAGUGCACGCCCACGUACAUCGGGCGCGUGCGGGAGCGGUUCCAGGGGAAGUGGGUGUGCGGGCUGUGCGCCGAGGCCGUCAAGGAGCGGCAGGCGCGGGAGCCCGCGCUCGGCGUGGGCGGCGCCGUGGCGGCGCACGCGGCCAUGUGCGAGCGCUUCAACUCCACCGUCCGCCUCAACCCCAAGCUGUCCCUCGCCAGCUCCAUGCGCGACAUAGCGCGCAAGAGCAGCAUGCGCCGGACGAGCCGGAGGAACAGCAUCAACGGCGGCGGCGGCGGCGGCGGCGGCGGCGGCGGCGGCGGCGCCACCGCCACGCCGCUGUCCGCAUGCGGCUGCGACAAGCUCAGCCGCUCCAGCAGCUGCGCGCUCCCCUACGUCUGACACCGGAGAGCAUGCGCGAGCGCGAUCGGCCUCGACGGUGGCGGCGGCGGCGGCAUGCUGCGUCUGCGCUGCUGCCUGCUACUUUACGGCCGGGGGCCUUUAUUAUUACAUAUAAUACAUGCAUGCAUGGACGCAUAUAUAUAGCCCAACGUACUAUAUAUAUAAGUGUUGUAUAGUGGAUACGUACCACUGUCACGCGGCCUACAUGCUGCCAGCGGGACGCAUCAUCAUGGACAUGGUAUAUAUUCAGGUCAGCUACUAGUAGGUAGCAUGCACACAUCCAUGCAUGCUACCGACCAGAAGGAUAUGCAUCAUAGUUGUACGUACUUUGUACGUAUUAGGUAGCAUGAACACAUCCAUAUAUCCAUACUGUUGUAUUAUACUCCAGCUGCGUACUGUGAUGUAAGUAUAUAUAUACAAACAUACGUUUGUUCUUGUUCGUCGACUUGGUUCGCAUCCGAUCCAGGUACU